AUGUCUGGACAAGAAAAGUCGGACUGGAUCCAGGACAGCUCCUCACACUGCCAGGAGUUCGUUUGGAUAGAUGAGGAUAAAGUGCAGCCCAAGGGGGAGCCCCUUAACCCUUUCAGCGGUAAAAGAGGUGGUGAAGUGAACCUGAACAAGCUGGCGUACAGUGUGACAGACGUCCCGCCAUGGUAUUUAUCCAUAUUCUUGGCUUUUCAGCAUUACCUGACGGCGUUUGGCAGCAACAUCGCCAUUCCGCUCAUCUUGGGCGAUGCCCUAUGUUUGCAGCACGACGGCCUGACCCAAAGUCAUCUCAUCAACACCAUUUUCUUCGUGUCGGGUCUGUGCACCAUUCUGCAGGUCACCUUUGGCAUCAGGCUUCCCAUCUUGCAGGGAGGCACAUUCGCCUUACUCACUCCCGCCAUUGCCAUGCUGUCCGUACCGGGGUUCCAGUGUCCCUCUUGGACCCAAAACGCCAGCCUCGUGAACACUUCCUCGCCCAUCUUCAUCGAAGUCUGGCAGACCCGUCUGAGAACACUACAGGGCUCCAUCAUGGUAGCCUCCCUCCUGCAGAUACUGGUGGGAUUCUCCGGCCUGGUGGGCUUCCUCAUGCGCUUCAUUGGACCUCUCACCAUCGCGCCCACCAUCUCACUCAUCGGUCUUUCCAUGUUCGAUGCAGCUGGAGUCAGGGCCGGUAGCCACUGGGGAAUUUCAGCCAUGACUGCAGCCUUGAUCAUCCUGUUCUCCCAGUACCUGCGACUUAUCCCACUGCCUGUUCCCGCGUACAGCAAAGCUAGGAAGCUACACACCAAAAAGUUCUACAUCUUCCAAACAAUGCCUAUUCUACUGGGCAUCACAGUCUCCUGGUUAGUUUGCCACCUCCUAACCAUCUACAACGUACUGCCAUCUGAUCCGGACCAAUACGGACAUCAGGCCCGAACUGACGUGAAGAGCGACAUGGUCGGUCAGGCUUCCUGGUUUUUACAGCUCAAGGAUCCCAGUUUGAGAAUCGUUGAUCUAAAACAACUGUUGCCUGCAGGCCAGUGGGGCAUGCCAAUGGUGAGCCUAGCAGGGGUUGUCGGCACGGUGGCGGGAAUCGUGUGCUCCAUGGCCGAGUCGGUGGGCGACUACCACGCAUGUGCCAAACUGUCAGGGGCGCCGCCUCCGCCUAAGCACGCGAUCAACCGGGGAAUUGGCGUGGAAGGGAUCGGCAGCUUGUUGGCAGGGGCCUUCGGUACUGGCAAUGGCACCACUUCGUUCAGCGAGAACGUGGCCGCGCUGGGCAUCACCAAGGUAGGAAGUCGAGUGGUGAUUCUACUCAGCGGAGUCGUCAUGAUCCUGAUGGGGGUUCUGGGUAAAAUCGGAGCCAUCUUCUCCACCAUUCCCAACCCAGUAAUAGGAGGGAUGUUCCUGAUAAUGUUCGGGGUCAUCUCUGCGACGGGUAUUGCUAAUUUGCAGUCAACAGAUAUGAAUUCUUCCAGGAAUAUCUUUGUGUUUGGGUUUUCCUUGUUUUCUGGCCUGGUCAUACCUAAUUGGAUUGCCAAGAAUCCCAAUACCCUGGUCACAGGCUUAAGUGAGGUGGACGCAGUGUUGCAGAUCCUCUUUACCACUCACAUGUUUGUUGGAGGCUUCCUAGGCUUUGUCUUGGACAACACGAUUCCUGGUACCAAAAGCGAGCGUGGACUGUUUGAGCCAGAUGAAACACACCUAGAGGACUCUGGUUCCUUGGAAACUGAGGACAUUUAUGACCUUCCUUUCGGUAUCACGCGAUGGUUUUCGGCACGCCCUUGGAUUCGUUACAUCCCAAUCUGCCCGUGGGACAAGCAAGCGGUUCAGUCAUAUUCAGACGAAGGCACACCCGAGAAGGCAACAACACAGCAUUCUUCUUAG